AUGUCGAACAUCAUUCACAAAGUCAAGGAUGCCGUGACCGGUCAUCAUCAUGAUGAGUCGAAGACAUCCAGCAGCAAGACUGAUGAUACCCGGGAUACUUACGGAUCCUCGGACAGGACUACGGACAAUACUUUUAAUAGAAACACUUCUACCGGCGCAGGCUCCAACACCUAUGGCUCUGGCUCUGGCCCCGGCUAUGAGACCUCAUCCACAACCGGUGCUGGAGGUCACGGUAGUGGCAUUGGCACUGGCAUUGGCACUGGCACUGGCACUGGCACUAUCCAUGAUUCCCGCAAGGGUCCAAUUGAUGUCGGCCCAGGAACGUCCGAGAACUACGGAUCAAACACUGCUGGCGGAUAUGGCUCAUCCAACACCGGCUCCAGUAAGAUCAAUGCUGGUCCCCAUGACUCUAAGCUAGCCAACAAGGCCGAUCCCCGUGUCGAUAGCGAUCUCGACAACCGGGGCUCCACCAGCACCUUUGGCAGCGGCACUGGCCGUUCUAGCGAAGUGACCGACUAUGGCUCGAACGACAAAUACGGCAGCACCACUGGCCACUCUGCUAAACAGACCGGUUAUGGCUCUAGCAACCCUUUGUCUAGCGACGACAACUACGGCAGCACCGCCACUGGACAGACUGGCUACGGCUCCAGCAACCCCUUGUCUAGCAACACCACCACUGGACAGACUGGCUACGGCUCCAGCAACCCUUUGUCUAGCAACGACAAUUACAGCAGCACCACCACUGGACAGACCGGUCACAGCUCGAACAAUCCUUUAUCUAGCAGCCAGAACUACAGCACUACUGGGCAAUCCGGCGGUGGCAACAGCUACACAGAAACCUCGAAGACUGGGAAGACCUCUGGUCCCCACAGCUCCGAUCUAUUGAACAAGCUUGACCCUAGAGUCGACGCGGAUGAGACGGUUUACAGCGAGCGCAAAUACUAG